AUGGACUUUAACCCGUGGCAAAACUCUGUCUCUGCCAACUCGGGAUCAUCGGAGCCUCAACAAAUUGUAGAAAUAGCCACUCGUUCUGCAUUCUUCUAUGGUACUCUGAUUCAUCCCAGAGUGCUCCGACGAGUCCUUGGGCAUGCAGGCACUAACCUGAAAAUUGCUCCAGCAUUGCUCGAGGGAUGGGUGCGACAUCGCGUUCGUGGCGCAGACUUUCCUGCGAUCAUCUCCGCAAAGGACAGUCACGACUUUUUCAAGACCGAAGCUGACCCAGCGAGUGAAUGCGUUCGUGGUUCGUACGUGACGGGGCUCACUUUCGACGACAUGAAGAGACUAGACCGUUUCGAGAGCGGUUACUAUGAACUCGAAGUCGUAGAGGUAACGCCUCUCGCAGACCUCGUGAGCCUUGGGGAUCUCGAUAUCAAGACGCUAGUCGACCCGGGGCUCUUGAAAAUGACUGGCGGGGAGCAACGUGCCAAAGUGCGAGUCGUGACUUAUGCCUGGAGUGAGCCACUCAGCGAAUUGGAGAAAGAGCCGUGGUCAUUUGAAGAUUUUGUGACACAGAAGCUGGAUGUGUGGGGGUAG